AUGGGUUUACUUCCAUUGCCAAACCACCUCAGACCUCUCCUUUCAUCCUGCAAACACAAACCCACCAUAUCCAAAAUCCACGCCUUUAUGAUAGUCACCGGUGCCAUCACCCAUGCCAACUCCAACGCCCCACUUAUAGCUUCAUACGCAAGCAUCGGCGACACCGAAACCGCCCGCAAGGUGUUCGACGAAAUACCUCACAGAACUCUGCGUGCAUGGAACGCCAUGAUCAUUGCAUACUCUCGUCAGCAUUGCCCUUCUGAAGCUUUGCGUUUGUAUUCUCUGAUGAUAUCCGAGGGAGUUAGACCCGAUAGCUCCACCUUCACUGUCGCCCUCAAGGCAUGCGCAGGCAUGCUGGACUUGGAAAUGGGUGAAGAGGUUUGGUCUCAGGCGGCGCGUUGCGGCUACGAGGGGGAUGUGUUUGUGGGGUGUUCUGUUUUGAACUUGUACGCAAAGUGUGGGAAGAUGGAUGAAGCGGUGGCGGUUUUCAACAAGAUGCCUAGGAGGGAUGUUGUUUGUUGCACGACUAUGAUUACGGGGUUUGUGCACAGUGGGAGGCCGGUGGAAGCUGUUGAGGUGUAUAGGAGGAUGCAGGAUGAGGGAAUGGAGUUUGAUGGGGUUGUGAUGAUGGGGUUAGUGCAGGCUUGUGCGAGUCUUGGGGACUUGAGGUUGGGUCUUUCGGUUCAUGGGUAUAUGAUUCGGAGAGGUGUUCCUAUGGAUGUAAUGGUUCAGACAAGCCUUGUGGAUAUGUAUGCUAAGAGUGGACAUUUGGAGCUGGCUUGUUGUGUGUUCAAUAAGAUGACUUGUAAGACUGCAAUUUCUUGGGGUGCUUUGGUUUCUGGCUUUGCUCAAAAUGGUUUCGCAGUGCAGGCACUUGAAACGGUGCUAGAGAUGCAGAGUUGUGGUUUCGAGCCAGAUUCAGUGUCUCUUGUGAGCUCACUUCUAGCAUGUUCGCAAGUUGGACUGUUGAAAUUGGGUAAAUCCAUUCAUGGAUAUAUUUUGAAAAGGGUCGAGAUUGGUCAAGUGUGUGGUACUGCAGUCAUUGACAUGUAUUCUAAAUGUGGUUCCCUUUCGUAUGCGCGUGCUCUCUUUGAUCAGUUGGUCUUCAGAGACUUGAUCUCAUGGAAUGCUAUGAUUGCCAGCUAUGGGAUUCAUGGCCGUGGAGAGGAAGCUCUUUCACUCUUCCUCCAGAUGGCAGAGACAAACAUAGAGCCUGAUCAUGCUACUUUUGCUUCUCUUCUGUCGGCUUUCAGUCACUCUGGUCUCGUAGAAGAAGGCUUGCAUUGGUUUGAUGUCAUGGUCACCAAGUACAAGAUCUCUCCAGGGGAGAAACAUUAUGCUUGUAUGGUUGAUCUGCUGGCUCGUUCUGGACGAGUUGAAGAGGCUAGUGAGCUUAUAGCUUCUAUGAACACCAAACCUGGGCUUGCUGUCUGGGUUGCCCUCCUGGCAGGUUGCCACAAUCAUCGAAAAUUGUCCAUGGGAGAAAUUGCAGCGAAGAAGGUCCUCGAGUUCAAUCUAGAUGACAUGGGAGUUUAUGCUUUGGUCUCAAACUUUUACGCUAUGGCAACGAGAUGGGAAGGUGUAGCAAGUUUGAAAAAGAUGAUGAAACAGACCGGAGUAAAGAAAGUCCCAGGUUACAGUGUAGUCGAAGUGGAUGGGGAACUCCAUGCUUUCCUUAUGGAAGAUAAUAGCCACCAGUGCCAUGAAGAUAUCAUGCUACUUUUGAAUAAGUUGUAUUAUGAUAUGAGAGCUAUGGGAUAUGUCCCAAAUUCUGAGCCUCUGUUGCCCAAUUUUGAAGAGGCACAUUCCUCAGAGCAAAGAAAUUUUAUCAAAUCACUCUGA